GAGGAACAAUGAACUGGGCCGGUCUCUACACGGUGCUAAGUGGGGUGAAUCGCCAUUCCACCGCUAUUGGGCGCAUCUGGCUCUCCGUCAUCUUCAUUUUCCGGAUAAUGGUGCUGGUGGUGGCAGCUGAGAGUGUCUGGGGGGAUGAGAAAUCUGCUUUCACCUGCAACACACAGCAACCUGGCUGCAACAGCGUCUGUUAUGACCACUUUUUCCCCAUCUCUCACAUCCGUCUGUGGGCCCUGCAGCUCAUCCUUGUCACCACACCGGCCCUCCUCGUGGCAAUGCACGUGGCCUAUCAGCAGCACCAGGAGAAGAAGCUGCUGGUGCUAACUGGCCAUGCAGACGCCAAGCACAUGGAGGAGGUGAAGAAGCACAAAAUGCGUAUAUCAGGUUCACUGUGGUGGACAUAUGUUUGCAGCGUUGUCUUCAGGCUGCUCUUUGAGGCUGUGUUCAUGUACAUCUUCUACAUGCUCUACCCAGGCUACCAGAUGGUGCGGCUGGUCAAGUGCGAGGCUUACCCCUGCCCCAACACUGUCGACUGCUUCAUCUCCCGGCCCACUGAGAAGACCAUCUUUACUGUCUUCAUGCUGGUCACCUCCAGCAUCUGCAUUAUUCUCAACAUGGCGGAGCUGGUCUACCUGGUAGUUCGAGCUUGUGCCCGCCGAGGUCAGCACAACUCCAAUCCCCCAUCAGGGAAGGGCUCCUUCUAUGGGCACAAGCUCUCCUCUGAAUACAAGCAGAAUGAGAUCAACCAGCUGUUGACAGAGCAGGAUGGCUCCCUCAAGGACAUGUUGCGCCGCAACCCCGGGCUGCAGGAAAAGGGUGACCGCUGCUCUGCCUGCUAG